AUGGCUGAUAGCAAAACAGCGAACCUGUUGACUAAGAUUCUGGAGAAUGACAAUGGGUCGCUUGAUUCACUUACAGAUGACCUAUUCUUCAUGAUGGUCCGAAACAACGUCCACGGAAAUUCCCUCAUAUUUGGAUCGGCCAUUGCCAUAGAAAGUCACGUAUACAGCAAGUAUGCUAUAUUCUGUCCGUAUGCGUACAAGAAGAACGGAACAGUGCGUUCACACGAUAUCUCCAUAUUUUAUGACUAUACGCACCCAAACACAGAAUGGUACAACAAACUCAAAAUUAAAACAUGGAGAAACGUUACUACUGCAGUUGAUGGCGUAAAAUACAGAGGGGACGACAACACCAGUCUACCCGAGGUUACAGAGAUGUUCCCGGUUGCUGACAUUGCAGAUGGCCACUGGACGAAGCCUUAUUUCGACUGCGGUGGAGGCGACAUCUGGAUGGUCACAUACUCUUCGCCAAUAUUCUUUGUGGUUGGUGGUACGCCGAUUUUCAAAGGCGUUGCAACUAUAGACAUCGAGUUGACACACGUUGAUAUUAACCAGUGCGAUGCUGAAGAAAAAGACACCAACAAAGGUUCCGGUCUGGACGUUUUUAGAGGCACACACAUGUGCCAGCCUACAACAGAGUGUGUCCCAAUGUAUGGACAAGGGUUCGAACCUGGGGCGUACUACUGUCAUUGCAAGAAAGGCUACUAUUUCCCGAACACGGCUGAGUCCAUAAAAGCAUACACUGGUGUUAAUAUCGAAGGCCACUUUAGAAGUGUCGGUCAUUUUGAUGACGUCACAUUUAGAUGCGUUGCGUGCGCAGCUGGAUGUGACACGUGUUGGGAUUCGUCACCUUGCCUGCAUGAACGUAACAGAGCACUCGUGAUAACCAUUUUGCUUUUGAAUUGUAUAACAGUUUGUGGAAUUUUGGUUAUCGCCAUAUUGACGUAUUACUACAGACAUGAAAUGUUUCAGAUUAUUAAAUCUGCAAGCCCAAUAUUUUUAGAGUUAUCUUGCCUGGGCGCAGUUUUGAUUUGUAUCCAGAAUUUCUUCGAGUACUCAGACGCCACUGUCGUUUGGUGCAGCGUGCGGAUCUGGCCUUUGCAUGCUGGCUUCUUUGUCCUGUAUGGUUCAUUGAUUCUCAAAACGUGGAGGAUUUCCAUGAUAUUCACUGUGGGCACUCACAAAAGGGUUCGUCUGCCAGACCAGGUGUUACUGCAACGCUAUGCCUUGCUGGUCUUCUUGGUGUUAAUCUUUCUCGCCGUCUGGACGGGCACGAAGUCGCCAACCGUCGAGGUGUUGGUAACAUCGGAUAACCUGAAGUUCCACUACUGCAACUAUGGACCUUGGGAAUACGGGAUUAUAUCCCUUGAAAUCGUGUUUCUUCUCUACGGUGUCUAUCUGUGCUUUACCGUCCGCCAGGCGCCCCCUCAUUACAACGAAAGCAAACAUAUCACGUGGGCAACGUACAACGCUAUCAUUUUGGGAAGCUUUACGUCGCUAUUGUCGCGUUUAUUUAUUUCGGUGCUCGGGCCUGACCUGAUGCUGCUGUUACAGAUGCUACAGAUACAGGUGUACACGACGAUUACCGUGUUACUUAUAUUCGCUCCAAAGUUUCAUGCCUUAAUCAAGAAAACGGCUGUGGAACAACAGAUGCCAAACCAGUUUACAACUCAACAUACAAUGAAAACAAUAACAGGGCGGACGAAAAAGAACCAGAUUUUACCGAUCAUAUACGUAUCAAAAGCUCACAAGGGGACCCAAACUCUAUACUAAAAUAUUUUUUUCAUUCUUUAAAAAAAACGAGAAUCAGAUUAAUUGGAUAAUGGUCAUGUGCAUAAAGUAGUGAAUAUGUGUUAACGAUUAUGAUCACGCGAAUCACAGCU